AUGGCCUGGACUGCUCGCGGCCUCAAGAAUGCACAAUGGGCUGCACAGUUAGAGGCUAGUCGCCUCGCUGACGACGAACGCCUCCUACAGGACGCCUCGGCUCGCAGGCAAGCUGACGAUGCCGCCGCUGAGGAGGCUCGCCUCGCGCGUGAACGAAAACGCCCCCGUCUCGGUAAAAUACAUUUGGACCGUGACACACCCUCCUACCUCCCUCCGCGGCCAUGCGCCUACGCUCUCCAUAAGCUCGAGAAGGGUGAAUAUGUCGAACUAUGGUAUUUCACGCUCGAAGGCUGUGCUGCUGCCGCCAACGAAUGCUCUACCGCACAGGAGGCCCACCGCGCAUCCCGCCAUGUUCUCCCCGAUGAGAAACUGACUUGGGAUCAGUACUGCAUCGGCAAGAGCGAUUUUCAACUCGCCAUUAGUGCUGCAGAUUGGCCUGCGACUCACGUCGCCAUGCUCGAAGCAUUUUUCUACACUCUCUCUCGACACCCUUUCACAAGGCGGCCCCGGGGUAAAGAUGCCCUCAUCACCUACCAGGCCCGUGUCCGCCGCCACUGGCACGAGCAACUCGCGCGCGACGAGGGCUACAACAUCAGCAAGAUCAACCUCGGCCUCUUAAAUGGGAUCCUGCGAGAACUUCUGAGCAGUGCCCAAGAAGAGCGCAUCAGUCGGUGCGACUGCAUUCUUGCGUCUGUGGACAGGCUUCAUCGCUCUCCGCGCCGUGACGCACCUGCACGUGCUGGCCGUUCCGCUUCUCCCACUGCACGUCGACCUCCUGGCCAAGAUCUGCGCUCCACCCGUGACUACAUGUAG